AUACGAUGAGUUGGAGUUGUUGAUCAGGAGUGAGCUGAUAAUCGAUACAGUGCUAAUCAAUAUUUGCUUGGCAAUAAUUCUUGAUUUAGGUUUUUCAUUUCGACAGGCUGAGUAACAACUGUGUUGAUGAGAAUGUAUAGUAGUCUAAUUUUUCUGCCUUUUAUUUUGAUCCAUUCACCAAUCUAUGGAGUUUCUAAAGAGUUCUCUCACAAAAGUAGCUUGACUCUUUCAAUCUACUAUGAAGCACUAUGUGUUGACUGUAUGAAUAUUUUUAAGCAAUUGCAGAAGCUACUUGAGGUUAGAGGAAUAAGACAAAAAGUGCAUUUUGAUCUUGUGCCGUAUGGAAAAGCGAAUCUGAUUGGAGAGGGUGUAUUCAGUUGCCAGCAUGGAAACUCUGAAUGCUUUUUCAAUAAAAUCCAUGGAUGCGCAAAACGUGAUUUGGGAUACGAUGACUCCCUGGAUUUCAUGGUUUGCAUGAUGUCAAGUUGCAGCAAUCAGUAUCGGUGUCUUUUCAAAGAGUGCGAGCUUGGGAAGAGAAUUGAUACAAGUAAACUACUGAAAUGUGCUAUUGAGGAAGGAAAUACGAUCAUGUAUAACAUGAAGGAAUUAUCAAGUGCUUUUUCUCUUGAAGUGGGGGUUUUCGUUCCAACUGUAGUAUUCAACAAGGAGUACAGCCAAGAAGUCCAGAGUAAAGCACUGAGUAAUUUGACGAAGACAGUUCUUGAAUACUUGAAUGAAAAUGAGUAGAUCCUCUUUGAUUACAUCAAAAUAGAUUAUUUAUAAAACAAAAUUUUCUCUUCUGAACUUAUUUAAAUAAUCUAUUUUUUCCUUACGAUAUUUUGUCUAUUCACUUGAUUAUUGUUAUAGAUUAUUUCUACUUUAUUUAUUUUUUAUUAUGAUUUAUUGAAAGUUGAAGAUAUAUCCACUCAAGAGCGUAAAUAAAAUACUUACUCAUCAUUUUGUAAACUUCUUCAAUUGAAAAAUUAGCUUUACAUCUCAUAGAAUCAUAAUACACUAUCUGAACCUUUAUAGUGUAAGAGGAAUCUUCGUCAAAAAGAUAGACAUUUUGGCUGGUGUAAUUUGCCACGAAAUUAUUUAGUUAUUUAUAAAAUUACUGAAUGAGUAAUAAUAAGUUAUAAAUGAAUGAUAAUACCGUACUGAUAAUGAUAAUACGGUGAUUGCUUAAGUCCAAGCAGCUCUGCCAAAAGAUAGCAUCACAAUAAUUGAUAUUCACCGUGUUUCUACUUAUUUUGACCCAAUUAACUCAAUAAAAAUAUAUUUGAAAGCUGAACAUAAUUUUGUAACGCUCUUGGCGCAAAAAAUGUUCAAUUGACACAAUAUGGUUGUGGCUGUUAUUAUAGUUUUGCAAGCUUUUUAAUAUGUAGCCUAAUGUAAGGAUAAUAAUUAUUGUGAAAAAACAUUUUGUGGUUAAAUAGAGCUUGGAGCAUCUUUUAUUUUCUGUUCCUACAGUAAAAAAGCAAGAUUUCUUUUGAAUCAAUAAACAUUGUAUUAUCCUACAUGCUUAGUACGUGCAUGCUCUUAUAAAAAAUAUACAUAUAAAGGGAGAAGGGCCUUCUCCUGUUAUAGGAAUAAACUAUUUAUGUAGUUUGAACAUAUAGUUUUCAGCAAAAACCCUUAUGUCAAAUGAAUAUCACUUUUCCCAACGUAAAUGGCAAUAAACACAAAAUAAAUAGCCAUGUUUGAUUUUUCUCAAACCCCCUCUCAUGGGAUGAGCCUGAGAAGAUUUCUAUUCAGACAUUUUCUAUACCAGUUGAAAAUAAUACAUAGCGGAGACUAUUGUGAACGUACACGGGCCAUACAUGAGUUUUGACGUCAUAUUGACGUGGUUAUUAAUUAAAAACAGGCAUUCAGAAUGAUAAUAUCAACAUAUACUAGCGGAUUUCAGCUCAUAUUGAUUUGGUUAUUGAAUUGGUGCUGGAAUUAAUUCAAUAAAUAGGUUGUUUAAAGGAUUGGAUGAAAUUAUGAUGAAGCUGAUGUUUCAACAAAUUUCCAGCAGUUCUUUCAUUCUGUCUAUUACUUCCCAUCAUUUCGACAUCGUCCGUAUGGGAUUUACAUUUAUUGAAUCAAUAUUAAUGCUUGGAAAAUGAGAUCAGACUAAGAAUAAUAUGAAAGUCUGGAAAACAGACCUU